ACUGGCGUCCAAGCGCAUGUCACUUCCUUCAGGCAGCCUCGCUGGCAUCGAUCGUUUCUGGUCCGAGUCACGAUUCCAUAGAACUUUCUCCCGGCGAGGCCCGAGCUGCCCGUGCCUGCAGGAAAUCCAGAUUGCCGCAGUGAGGGAGCUAACCUCGGUUCUAGGCACAUAUAGAUGUCCAAGAAUGAAUGAGAUGGAGCAGGCAGAGGCCCAGCUCUCUGAGUUAGACCUGCUGGUCAGCAUGUUCCCCGGUGAGAAUGAGCUUGUAGUGAAUGACCAGCUGGCUGUAGCAGAACUGAAAGACUGUAUUGAGAAGAAGACAAUGGAGGACCGGUCUUCACAAGUGCACUUUACUAUCAAUUUGAGCCUGGACGUGUCCAAGCCAGCAAUGGUGGUGUUUUCUCUGUCCUGCAUUCUUCCCUUUAAGUACCCUGAAGUCCUGCCUGAAGUCACUGUCAGGUCCGUGUUACUAAAUAGGUCCCAGCAGACUCAGCUGAACACAGAUCUGAAUGCAUUCCUGAAGAAGCACUGCCUUGGAGAUGUCUGUAUCCUAAAUGCCACUGAGUGGGUCAGAGAACAUGCCUCUAGCUAUGUCAGCAAAGAAACCUCAUCUUCCCCCAGCGAAAGUGCAACCCAGCCACUCGAUAUCUUCUUUACUAGACUCUGGAUCUAUAGCCACCACAUCUACAACAAAAGCAAAAGGAAGGGUAUUCUAGAGUAUGCCAAGGAGCUUUCUCUGUCUGGGUUUAGCAUGCCUGGGAAACCUGGUGUUGUUUGUGUGGAAGGCCUACAGAGUACUUGUGAAGAAUUCUGGUUAAGACUCAGAAAAUUAAACUGGAAGAGAAUUUUAAUUCGCCAUCGAGAAGAUAUUCCUUUUGAUGGUACUAUGGAAGCAAUGGAAAGACAAAGAAAGUUUCCCAAUUUUGAGGAAAAAUUGUUUUGUGCUAAUCCAGCCAGAGGAAACCACAUGGACUUUGGUCAGCUCUACCAGUUCUUAAAUGCCCAAGGGUGUGGGGAGGUGUUCCAGAUGUUCUUCGGUGUGGAAGGGCAGUGAUGGAGCAGAAGAGGGGAUGAAUCUAUUUUGUCACCGUUUGUCUUUUGACCCCCCCCCCUUUCUUGAAAGAAUAAUUUCAGAUCUAUUCUAGAAUGUUAGGUGUGGGGAAUAAGAAAAGUGCAGAAUAGGAAGACGGGAGGCUGAGUGGUGAAAGGGUCCUGUUGGUCUAGGUUCAGUUCCCCAGCACCUGUGUCAAUACCAGAUGUGAAAAAUAGUGCAAGCAUAUGCAGCAAGAGACCUUGGAGCACCAAUCCAGAUACAUACAAAUAAAUAAAUAAAUAAACAAAUAAAUAAAAAUAAAUAUA